AUGGCAGCAGAGGUGCAAGGUGUGUGCGUGUCGGAUGAUGAUGCUUGUUGGCUCCAGCUGGAAGACCACAGACUGCUGCUCAUCAAAUCCAUCGAGCCAUCCCUCAUCACACCAUACCUCCGCCAGUGUCAGGUCAUCAGUGCAGAAGAUGAGGAGCAGAUCUUUAAUGAUCCCAGCCUCGUUAUCAGACGACGCAAAGUGGGAGCCCUGCUUGACAUUCUGCAGAGGACAGGGGUCAAAGGUUAUACUGCCUUCCUCGAGAGUUUGGAGCUGGACUAUCCUCAGCUGUACACCCGGAUCACCGGCAAGACUCCGAACAAGACCUUCAGCAUCCUGAUAGAUACUGCUGGUGAGUCAGGUCUCACUCAGUUCCUGAUGUCAGAGGUCACACGCUUGCAGAGGGCGCUGCAGAUGGAGAGGAGACGGCGACAGGAAGCAUGUGCUGUUGUUAAGGAACAGGAGGACUGGUCUCGGCAGCAGCAGCUGAGGGACCGGGAGUUGAGCCGGCUUACUGAGCGUGUGCAGAAGGCUCGUGAGGAGCGAGAGAGGCUAAACGAGGAGGUGAUGCGUCUGAGGGAACAUAACUACAGUCUGAUGGCGGACAUGACAGCUGUGAACCAGGAGAAGAACAACCUUCUGCUGGCCAACAGAGACCUGCAGAUAGAGGUGGAGCGUCUGAAGUGCAGUGUCCAGACAGCCGAGUGUGAGAGUCGUCUGGCUCGUGGACGUACAGUCCGGCUGCGCUCUGCCAUGGAGGAGAGGCCCCAACAGGAGGCGCUACUGAGUCUGCAGACACACAACAUGAUGCUGAGAGCCCAAGUCAGAGAACUGGAGAACGUCACAUCACAGAGCCGAAAGCAAGAGGAGAAGAAAGAGGAGACACGCCGGCAGGAAGAGAGUGCAGCUCCUCCACAGCUUUAUGUCCUGUCCACCAUCUUCAAACUGAGGACAGAACUUCACCGGGCAGAGGAGGGGACAACCAAGAUUCAGGAGGAGAAGGAAGAAGUGGAGUUGAGCUGCGCCCGGCUGAGGGGAGAUGUCAAGAUGUACCGCAAACGCAACAAGGAGACCCUGCGACAGCUGGAGGAGGUGGCCCGAGAGAGAGACAAGGCGCUGUCGUCGAGGGCGGAGCUCCAAGCAGAGUCGAGGGCGUACCUCCUGGAGAAGGACCAGUACCGAGAGGCUGUUCGACAGCUCACCCAGAGAUGUGAUAGGCUGCAGCUGCUGCUCCUUAGAUCCCAGGAGGAGGUGCUUCAGCUCCAGACUCGCCUCCGCAAGAUGAGCUGCAGCUCACAGCAGAGCAAGAGAACCAGUGAAGGAGAGGAUGCGGCACAGAGCACUGCUAAAGGCAGCAGUGAGGAUGGGCUCAGUGCUACGUCAGGAGAAAACGAGGCGUCAAAUCUCCAACACCACCACCCCGCUCUAGGGGGCAGCAGAGAGUCAAGAGAGAGGCCCAGCACUGCUGCACCAUGGGAAGCUGAGGUGUCAGACUGUCACCAAGCCUGGACCAGAAAUAGACCAAACUUCCUGUAUCGCAGGAAACGAGCCCUCAGGUCAAAGUUCAUCGGUAAGGAGCAUGGUCACUGUAACCUUGAUGACAGCAGUGGAAGUGACAUCACAGACUCCGAUGGAAUAUGACAGCACGUCCAGCUCCACCUGUCCUGACUGUCUCCUACACCCUGCUGCAGCACGUCCAGCUCCACCUGUUCUGACUCUCUCCUACCACCUGCUGCAGCACGUCCAGCUCCACCUGUUCUGACUGUGUCCUACCACCUGCCGCAGCACCUCCAGCUCCACCUGUUCUGACUGUGUCCUACCACCUGCCGCAGCAUCUCCAGCUCCACCUGUUCUGACUGUGUCCUACCACCUGCUACAGCAUGUCCAGCUCCACCUGUUCUGACUCUCUCCUACCACCUGCCGCAGCACGUCCAGCUCCACCUGUUCUGACUCUCUCCUACCACCUGCC